GAUUACUGAUUCAACGAUGCCGGUUUCUGAGACAACGACAGCCGUUGCCGUUUCGACAGAGAAGAUGUUUUCAGAGAACUCCUCUCAUCAAUUAGUUCUUGUUCGUUCGCGAUCCGAGGGAGACAUCGAGUUGUUCUCGUUGGAGAGGUCGAGAAGAGAACAUUUCAUCGGAAAGUGUUCGAAGCAGAGGUUGACGAGAACCGCGACGGAGGUGUUCGUCCACCGCGCUCCGCCGGGAACGAGAAACAGAGCGGUGUUGAGGGAUUCCGACGAAGCACCGCAGUCCAAGCCGAAAAGCGCGAAAGUUGAGGAUUCGGGAGUGCGAGCGUUUUUCCUGAUAAAGAACUUGGACACGGGGAAGGAGUUUAUUGUGAACGAAUGCACCGAAAGCGGUGCGUGGAACAGGCUGAGUGAUUUACAGACGGGGAGGCAGUUAACUAUGGAUGAGUUUGAAAAGACGGUGGGGAAAUCGCGCGUGGUUAACGAGCUUAUGCGACGCAGUACGAGGAACGAGAAUUUGUCGCGGAAGCUGACUUCGAGUUCGUACAUUUCAAGAAGUUUGAGGAUGAGCAAGAGAAGAGGGGUUGCAUUUCUGAAGAACAUAAAAGGUGUGGCGAGUGGGUUCAUUGGGGAGAGAGAGGCUGUUGGUAACGCAGCCGCCGCAACGGCGGCGGCGGAGAAGAGUCAGUGGGUGCGAGUGCGGCAGAGCGGGAAGUCGCACAAGGAGGUUUCGGCGUUGCAUCUGUGUCAGGAGCUUCAGGGGCACGACGGGUCGAUUUGGACGAUUAGGUUUAGUUUGGAUGGGAGGUUUCUGGCGAGUGCAGGUGAGGACAAGGUGAUACACGUGUGGGAAGUGCAGGAGUGUGAGCUUAUGUCGUUGAGGAUCGACGAGGGGAGUUUCACACCUAUUCACCCUUCCUUGCUUGCCUCCAACGACGGUUCGCCUUUCUCUCCGGCGGCGGCUGACAAGAAGAAGAAGGGCAAAUUCGGAACCAAAAAGGGCCCCGCCAUUCCUGACUAUGUUCAUGUUCCUGAAACUGUCUUCUCACUGUCCGACAAACCCUUCUGCACUUUCCAAGGACAUUUGGAUGAUGUUUUAGAUUUGUCAUGGUCGCGAUCUAAGCUACUUCUCUCAUCUUCAAUGGAUAAAACGGUCAGAUUAUGGAACUUGGAGACUAGGACUUGCUUGUACAGGUUUCCCCACAGUGACUAUGUAACCUGCAUACAAUUCAAUCCUCUCAAAGAUGAUGUUUUCAUAAGUGGUUCGCUGGACGCUAGGGUUAGAUUAUGGAGCAUUCCUGAACGCCAUGUUGUGGAUUGGAUUGAUAUCAAUGACAUGGUUACUGCAUUGUCGUUUACACCUGACGGUCAGGGUGCUAUUGUUGGUACCCACAAGGGCGGUUGUCGUACAUAUAGCACAAAAGAUUGCAAACUAACUCAAACAGGAACAAUUGAGAUUUCACAAAAGAAAUCCCAACUAAGAAAAGUCACUGGUUUUCAGUUUGUUCCAGGCAAACCAUCAGAAAUUCUUGUAACUUCAGCAGAUUCAAGAAUAAGAAUAUUGGAAGGUUCAGAAGUAGUUCAAAAGUACAAAGGUUUUCGUAAUGCAAACAGUCAAAUUGCAGCUUCAUUUAGUCCAGAUGGAAGAUAUAUUAUAAGUGCAAGUGAAGAUUCUGAAGUAUAUGUGUGGAAGCAUGAAGAUCAUAGAAGUGCAUGCAAUGGAAAAUUCAAAACUAUGCUAGUUACUCGUGCUCACGAGCACUUCAACUGCAAAGAUGUUUCAGUAGCAAUACCAUGGAAUUGUACCGUCAAAGGUGAUCCUCCGCUAGUGCCAGUGCCUUCCAAAAAGCAUUCAAAACGUUCUCUGGGAGGUUCUAUUGGUGGGGAAGAAACACCAUCGCCAUCUUCUGCAAAUGGUAGUAAGAAAACUCUUCCACCCCUUCCCAGGAAAAGUAUUAGCCUUAACUCAGAAGGAGCUUCAAAUUCCCCUAGGGAAGAACUUGCGGCAAAUUUGCAUGCAGAAUCAGGACUUGGAGAUUCAUUUGGUAACAGUAAAAGAACGAUACCUCAGUCUCCAAUGAAAGAUAAUUGCCACACCGCAGAGGAAGAUGACCUUGAAGCAUUUUCUCGCACAGAUUCAGGAUUUAGUGCUUCUUUUAGAACUGCAUCAUCCUCAUCUAGGUUUAGUGAUGCACUUUCUUCAAGUGGAUCAUUUUCUUCAUCUUAUUCAUUAUUGGACAGUGGCCACAUUUCCUCCACGGUUGUUCCUACGGCAUGGGGUUUGGUAAUUGUGACAGCUGGGUUAGGAGGUGAGAUCAGAUGCUAUCAAAAUUUUGGGCUGCCAAGAAGGAUUAGACAACCUCAUCUUUUUGGAAGCUAUAAUAGUUUUACUAACACUUAGAUGAUUUUCCUUUUUCUUUAUUCAACAUAACUCCUAUUUUACA